ACUCACAGUUGGUUUAGAUGUUCAGCUGCUGUGUGUCUGUUUAUGUCUUUCAUGUUGUGAUGUUUAUGUGUUGAGAUGUUGAAGAUGAGUUUGCAGGUGGAUUUGAUGUGCUGUAAAUCAGUAGGAACUGAUCUGUCCAUGCUGGAUAUUGAUGAUUUGAUGACAGAAAUCUCACAGCUGAAGAAAGAGGUGGUGUUAUUGGAGGCAAAGCUGAGGGAAAGAGGAGAUCCAUUGAACGGAGAGGAGCUGGAGAAGGUUUCCUGUCAAUCUUCAGUGUGUGUGACUGAUGGGACCUCCACAGAAUGUCAGGAUUCAGUGUGGAGCAUCAGAGAUCAGAGAUCUGAACAGAGAUCCAGAAACACACAGGACUCAGAGCUCAGCCUCACUUUACUCUGUUAUACUGACACUCAGGAGAGUGUGUGUGACAGUAAUCAGGGUGAUCAAACCUCCACAGAGUCUCUGGCUUCAGUCUGUAAUGCUGGAGAACAGCAGAUGCUGCAGAUACCAUUGAAGAUGUGUUCAGUGAAGCUGCUGGACUGCAGGAACCUGAUGGAGAUGAGAGGAGAUACCACAGCAGAGGAACAGCAGAGUGAUGAAGAUGAAGGUGAUGAUGAUGAUGCUGAUGAUGAGGAUUUUAUUCAGCAUGACAAUCAUGAUGAUGAAGAAGAUGAUGAUGAUGAUUUUAUUCAACAUGACAAACAUGAUAAAGAUGAGGAUGAUAAUGAUUUUGUUCCUUCAGAUGCAGACAAAGGUUCAUCUUUUAAUGGAGAAAUGGCUUCUACAUCAAAAGAGUGUCUGACAGCACAGAGUCUUUCCUGCAUUACCUGUGAGAAGACAUUCAGCUCAAAGGGACAUCUAGCGAGACAUGAAAGAAGACACACAGAACAGAAAUUCUUCAAAUGCAGGAGAUGUGGGAGCAGCUUUUCUACCGCAGAAGAGAAGAAACUCCAUUCAGAAGUGCACAGAGGAAAGGGGUUCCGCUGUGAGCAGUGCGGGAAGGUAUUCUUUGUUCCUUCUCUUCUAGAAGUUCACAUGAAGACACAUUGUAACGAAAAGCCUUUCCACUGCAGUGAGUGUGACAAGUGUUUCAAAACUAAAGGAAGUCUUGUUUCUCAUGAGAGAAUACACACGGGAGAGAAACCGUACAAGUGUCCUCACUGUGAGAAGAGAUUCACCUAUGGAAACUAUCUGAAGAUACAUGUCCGUGUGCACACCAAUGAGAGGCCAUAUCAGUGCAGUGAAUGUGGGAAAACAUUUGCAGGGUCAGGUAGUCUAAAGUCUCAUCAGAAAAUACACUCUGAAGAGAAACCCUAUCAAUGCUCACACUGUGAUAAACAUUUCCGUCACAAAUCUCAGCUGAGACUCCAUGAGAGAAUGCACUCUGGAGAGAAACCUUACCUCUGCUCUCACUGUGGAAAGAGCUUUUCUGGUCCAAGUAGUCUUCAGUUUCAUCUGAGAGUCCACACGGGAGAAAAGCCUUAUAACUGCAGUGUUUGUGGGAAGAGUUUCAGUAAAUAUGGUGUCUUUGUAAAUCACCAGAGAACACACACUGGAGAAAGACCUUACAAAUGCACUCAGUGUGACAAAAUGUUUGCUCGACCAGAUGUCCUGAAAACCCAUCUGAGAGUGCAUACAGGAGAGAAACCUUACAGCUGCUCUAUCUGCGGGGAGGGAUUCGCUUAUUUAGGAAGUUUUAAUAUUCAUAAAAAGAAACAUGCUAAAGAACAACCUGCCCUGGAAUCAUUAUAUUUAUGUGUUGAGAUGUUGAAGAUGAGUUUGCAGGUGGAUCUGAUGUGCUGUAAAUCAGUAGGAACUGAUCUGUCCAUGCUGGAUAUUGAUGAUUUGAUGACAGAAAUCUCACAGCUGAAGAAAGAGGUGGUGUUACUGGAGGCAAAGCUGAGGGAAAGAGGAGAUCCAUUGAACGGAGAGGAGCUGGAGAAGGUUUCCUGUCAAUCUUCAGUGUGUGUGACUGAUGGGACCUCCACAGAAUGUCAGGAUUCAGUGUGGAGCAUCAGAGAUCAGAGAUCUGAACAGAGAUCCAGAGACACACAGGAUUCAGAGCUCAGCCUCAUUUUACUCUGUUAUACUGAUGCUCAGGAGAGUGUGUGUGACAGUAAUCAGGGUGAUCAAACCUCCACAGAGUCUCUGGCUUCUGUCUGUAAUGCUGGAGAACAGCAGAUGCUGCAGAUACCAUUGAAGAUGUGUUCAGUGAAGCUGCUGGACUGCAGGAACCUGAUGGAGAUGAGAGGAGAAACCACAGCAGAGGAACAGCAGAGUGAUGAAGAUGAGGAGGAUUUUAUUCAAUAUGACAAUCAUAAUGAAGAAGAAGAACAUGAUGAUGAUGAUGAUGAUGAUUUUAUUCAACAUGAUAAAGAUGAGGAUGAUAACGAUUUUGUUCCUUCAGAUGCAGAAAAAGGUUCAUCUUUUAAUGGAGAAAUGGCUUCUACAUCAAAAGAGUGUCUGACAGCACAGAGUCUUUCCUGCAUCACCUGUGAGAAGACAUUCAGCUCAAAGGGACAUCUAGCGAGACAUGAAAGAAGACACACAGAACAGAAAUUCUUCAAAUGCAGGAGAUGUGGGAGCAGCUUUUCUACCGCAGAAGAGAAGAAACUCCAUUUAGAAGUGCACAGAGGAAAGGGGUUCCCCUGUGAGCAGUGUGGGAAGGUUUUCUUUGUUCCUUCUCUUCUAAAAGUUCACAUGAAGAGACACAGUGAUGAAAAGCCUUUCCACUGCAGUGAGUGUGGCAAGUGUUUCAAAACUAAAGGAAACCUUGUUUCUCAUGAGAGAAUACACACAGGAGAGAAACCGUACAAGUGUCCUCACUGUGAGAAGAGAUUCACCCAAGGAAACGAUCUGAAGAUACAUGUCCGUUCGCACACCAAUGAGAGGCCAUAUCAGUGCAGUGAAUGUGGGAAAAGCUUUGCAGGGUCAUAUAGUCUAAAGUCACAUCAGAAAAUACACUCUGAAGAGAAACCCUAUCAGUGCUCACACUGUGAUAAAUGUUUCCGUCACAAAUCUCAGCUGAGACUCCAUGAGAGAACACACUCUGGAGAGAAACCUUACCUCUGCUCUCACUGUGGAAAGAGCUUUUCUGGUCCAAGUCAUCUCCAACUGCAUGUGAGAGUGCACACAGGAGAAAAGCCUUAUAACUGCAGUGUUUGUGGGAAGAGUUUCAGUAAAAAACAAAACUUAGUACAACACCAGAGAACACAUACUGGAGAGAGACCUUUCAAAUGCACUCAGUGUGAAAAAACGUUUGCUCAACCAGAUGUCCUGAAAACCCAUCUGAGAAUACACACGGGAGAGAAACCGUACAAGUGUCCUCACUGUGAGAAGAGAUUCACCUACGGACACUAUCUGAAGAUACAUGUCCGUUCGCACACCAAUGAGAGGCCGUAUCAGUGCGGUGAAUGUGGGAAAACCUUUGCGGGGUCAGGUAGUCUAAAGUCACAUCAGAAAAUACACUCUGAAGAGAAACCCUAUCAAUGCUCACACUGUGAUAAACGUUUCCGUCAUAAAUCUCAGCUGAGACCCCAUGAGAGAACACACUCUGGAGAGAAACCUUACCUCUGCUCUCACUGUGGAAAGAGCUUUUCUGGUCCAAGUCAUCUCCAACUACAUGUGAGAGUGCACACAGGAGAAAUGCCUUAUAACUGCAGUGUUUGUGGGAAGAGUUUCAGUAGAAAACAAAACUUAGAAAAACACCAGAGAACACACACUGGAGAAAGACCUUACAAAUGCACUCAGUGUGAAAAAACGUUUGCUCAACCAAAUGUCCUGAAAAACCAUCUGAGAAUGCAUACAGGAGAGAAACCUUACAGCUGCUCUAUCUGCGGGGAGAGAUUUGCAUAUUCAGGAAAUUUUAAUAUUCAUAAAAAGAAACAUGCUAAAGAACAACCUGCCCUGGAAUCAUUAUAGCAUCUUUUCACAGCUCAGUUGUGCUCUCAUUGACAGUAGAGGACAGUAUCACAUUAACCUUUGAUGUGGAUUGAGAAUAAAGAUGAAUUCAUUUAAAUAGUUAAUGUAGCUGUGUUAGUAACGAUAUGAUUUAAUCAAGGGGUCAGAGUUUGGCUGUAUUUUUAAGAGCUUAAGAAAUUGACUUUUCUCUGUCUGCUGCCUUUGAUGACACAACUCCGUUGUAUAGUCGCUAGUGAAGGAUUUGCGACGUUGUUGUGGAGCGAUUCGCUUGGCAACAUUGUCAGAAUGUCAUUUUUAUGCAUUUCUAGAGUAAGGGAUAUGUAAGGGAUCAUGUCAAUUUCAUUACAAGGGGAUGAGAUGGACAAUCUCGAGUUUCAAAUCUUCAUUGAUUUUCAAAACCUUAAAUCUUUCUUUUGUGGAACACAAAAGGAAAUAUUUUUCUGUAGUGCUGCAACUAACAAUUAUUUUGAUAAUUGAUUACUCUGGACUUGGAAUCUAUUCCAAAAAGAAUCGAUUCUUCAAUUUUCGAUGUAUUGGGAAUUGAGAAUCGUUCCUGAAGCCUUAACAGCACUAAUUCAAAAUGACUGCUGCUAAACGAUCAUAAUUUCCUGACUGAUUUUGUAGUCAGUCAGCCAUCAGUAAAUUCAUCCUCUUUUUUUUUUUUUUCAGUAUGAAGCAAUCACAUAAGCCCUUCAACACAUCAGAUUGCUGCUUUCCAGACCGAUAUAGUGUGCCAUAUUUUACUUUGGGUUAAACAAAUAAUCAAAUAAAAUGCCAAAUUUGGGAAAGAAAUUGCCAUAAAAAAAACAACGAUUUUACAGCAGGGGAACCAAUUCCUAAUGUUUUGCAAGCAUUCUCUUUGUUAUAUUUUUAAUUACCAUAAUCUAACAUUCCCAGAAUGUUGCAGGGAGGGUUGUGUGACAACCUAAAUAGAACUAAUACAGAAUGCUCUCAAAUGGUUAUUUUUAGGUUUCAUUUGUAAAACCAUAACCGAACCAAUUCCUAACUUUUUGGGAGCAUUCUCUUUGUUUAAUUACCAUAAUCUAACAUUCCCAGAACAUUACAGGGAGGGUUUUGUGUGUGACAACCUUAGAAGAACUUAAACAGAACGAACUCUAAUGGUUAUUUUUAUCAUAUAUUUCCAUUCACAUUUUUCCAUUAUUUUUCAUGAUCAUUUAUUUGAUUGUCACGUUGCAGAGAGGCUGAUAUACAACAUCACAGUGUAUGGGAUUAGAAUGCAUUAUAAUGAACUCAUGUAAAAAGCAUUCCAGACAAAUCUUCCUGCGUCUGAUCUAUGCGCACACAUUAUAUCCGCACGCGAUUUAUUCCCUCACAGAAAUUUGCGCAAUCUGGCAAUUUAAAAAUGAAUGGUCAUUGGAACGACUCACUGACAGACAGCCGUUGAUUGAUUUCCUCAAUAAAUAAUUAUUUUUAGACAAGGCUGUAGCCAGGAAAUUACUUUUGGGUGGGCCUCAAUAAAAAUGGAUGGGCCAAAUUUUUGUUUUUCCCCAAAUUUGCCUUGCAGCAGAAAGGCCUCUCUCAUAUUCUGGGUGCGCCUGGGUCUAAUUUGGGAGGGCCCAGCCCACCUUUGGCUACGCCCCUGCUUCUAGAUGUGAUAUUAAAUAUUUAUCUUAUCGAUUUGAUAAAGAUUUGACUCAUUAUGGAAAAGAACGUGUUGUAUGAGUGUAACGGAGAUGGGUUUUUUUGUUUAUUGACUACGACUGAAGAGAAACAGAGAUGUCUUUGUGAAACUCUACACAGUGGUAAGAAAUUAAUUUAAUAUUAGCCUAGUUAAAGUUAAUUAAAGGUUUAUUCAAUUUUUAAUGUCUUUCAAUAAAUUUCUGGUUUUAAAAACCCU